AGACUAAUGGCUCAGAAUGGUACUCUCGUGGGUACCAUGGUGCCAGCCGACGCUUCUGAGCGUCGCGCUAUCCGACUUGCCAGCAGUCUUCGGAGCGAGGAACACCAAGUUUCGAAGUGUCGAUUCACACGCCUGAGGAUCUCUUUAGUCUUUAAGGGACGGGUGAUGUGUGAAGCUUUUCAGCUUCUCAGCUUCUCUUCAUAGGCAUGAUGUACAAUUCACUACGGUACGUACUCCCUAUGACCUUUCCGUCUGGGUAUACGCUAAUUCCUGCUAUAACAUCAUGAGCUUUGUGAAACGUCCAUUACGCCCCGCAGGCGAUCGAGUCGUCGCUGAUUCCUAUACGGGUUCGGCUCGAACGCUGUUGAGAGUGCACACAUACACACGCCUGCUGCUCCAGUCAGCAUCGCCUACCGUUAAGCUGCUCCGCGCAGCCUCGAAAACGGUAUCGCGGUCUCCAGCUUCGCCAAAGAAUGCCCGCACACCAGCACUGUUCCUUCCCCAUAUCAUGCUGUCUCCUAAGGCAAGGUUGUCCCACCGUCGGCAGACGGGAUUGUGGCUCUUGCUGAGGCUCGUGGUAUGCCUACCAUCACACCGAUUGGAUGUCCCCUCGUACCUCCUGUCGGAGGGCCCUUCUGCCGAAGGCUGUCCAAAGCUGUGGCUCUGCGACGGACGAGUGCGUGGCUCCUGCACUUCGGUAGUCGAUGAUGAGUGGUCGCGCCCAGUUGGGUACAUCCACACCUCCCUCGUUUUGCCCCGGGAUUGUCCGGGGAAGGUGAGGAGUGCUUCUCCACCAAAGCACUCAUGCCUCCUGCCUUGAGGAGGCCUCCCUUGACGAGAUGUGUGGAUUGCGAUUGUCUCUUAGCUUACACUGUUAGCCGCUAGUUAUCCCUUGCGGUGGAUGUUUCCCUGAAAGAGAGUUUAGGAUAGGU